AUGGACCAACUCACCAAUAUGUAUAGAAAUGUAGAGGUCCAAUUAGGCCAAAUCGCUAAUGCGGUUAACAAUCGAAAUCAAGGGGAUUUACCUAGCAAGACAGAAGUGAACCCAAGGGAGCAUGUGAAGGCCAUAACCCUCAGAAGUGGUAAAGAAGUAGGUGAACUACCUGUAGUUGAAAGUGAGAGAAAAUAUGAAAGAAAAGAAAACAAGCAGUUGAGCAAUUUGGGAGAUGAUAACAAGACAAUUGAAGGGAAAGAAAAGGUGGAAGAGUGUGAGCCGCAAAUAAAAGAAACAACACCAAUUCCUCCACCGGUGCCAUUUCCUCAAAGAUUGAAACCUUCGAGAAAUGAUAAAGAAUUUGACAAGUUUGUCAAUAUUUUCAAACAAUUACAUAUUAACAUUCCUUUUGUUGAUGCUAUUUUGCAGAUUUCUUCAUACACAAAGUUUCUCAAGGAGAUAAUGACUAAGAAAAGAAAGUUAGUAGAUAGCGAGACAAUUGCAUUAACGGAAGAAUGUAGUGCCAUCAUACAAAACAAAUUGCCACCAAAGUUGAAAGAUCCAGGGAGUUUCACAGUUCCUUGCACUAUUGGUAAUGUAGAAUUCUCUAAAGCACUUUGUGACCUGGGUGCGAGUGUGUCAUUGAUCCCUUUAACUGUAGCUAGGCAAUUGGGGUUGAAAGAGUUAAAGCGUACUAACAUCUCCUUGCAAUUGGCUGACAGGUCUAUUAGACAUCCAAUGGGCAUUUUGGAAAAUAUGCUUAUUAAAGUGCAGAAAUUCAUUAUUCCUGUCGACUUUGUUGUUUUAGAUAUGGAGGAAGAUGGUAAUGUACCUAUUAUACUUGGUAGACCAUUUCUGUCCACUGCAGGUACAAUAAUAGAUGUUAAACGAGGUAAGUUCAAGUUUCAAAUUGGUGAAGAGAAAGUAGAAUUUGAUUUGAGUAAAAUGGAGAAAUAUCCCUUUUUUACUGACCAUGUUUAUUCUGUUGACAUAUGUGAUGAAUUGGUAUUAGAGAUGAGUCAAGUUAAUCUUGAUAAUGAUUCUCUUGAACUUUGUCUUAAUGGUGUAGGCUUAAAAGAGAACAAGUUGAAGAAAUGA